UAGCCAAGCGUGCGGACCUCAACCCCUCCAAUCAAAUUGGCCUUAAUCCUCCUCUCCGCAUCCGUCCUCCCUCUCUCUCUCUAAAAAGUGUCCGUUGCCAGUACCUCAAGACGACGACGACGACGACGACUUUCUUCAGUGCACACUGAAACCACGUUCCAAAAACCGCGUGGAAAACGACCCGAGAACACUGUCCCUGCGCCGAGAAAGUCAAACGACGACGCAUUGAUGCUCUGAGACCCUACGGAUAUGGCUAUCGCCGACCAGAGAGCGACGUCGGACGGGAAAAUCCUCGGCCUGUUCAAGCUCCCUUUCAGGAAUCCGUCGACGACGACGUCGUCGUCGUCGUCUGGCAACGCUACGAGUAAUUCGCUGUUCGACGGAUCGAAUCCUCGCAGCUACGCUAACAGUAAUAAUGCCUCUUCGAGCUCGGUCUCUUCCGUCGCGAGAUCUAUUCUCCCGACCCGACGCCGUCUCCGCCUCGAUCCGUCGAAGAAGCUUUACUUCCCCUAUGAACCUGGCAAGCAAGUGCAGAGUGCCAUCAGGAUAAAAAAUACCAGCAAGUCUCAUGUUGCUUUCAAGUUUCAAACAACUGCACCUAAAAGCUGUUUCAUGCGCCCUCCUGGGGCUAUUCUUACUCCUGGCGAGAGUCUCAUUGCAACUGUAUUCAAGUUUGUGGAGCCUCCGGAGAACGGUGAAAAACCUUUGGAUCCGAAAACUAAAGUGAAGUUUAAGAUUAUGAGCCUUAAGGUCAAGGGAGCAAUGGACUAUGCGCCGGAACUUUUUGAUGAGCAGAAGGAUCAAUCGGUGUUAGAGCAGAUACUAAGGGUUGUUUUUCUUGAUGUGGAACGUCCCACCCCUGCUCUGGAAAAACUAAAGCGCCAGUUGGCUGAGGCUGAGGCUGCGCUUGAGGCUCGCAAGAAACCUCCGGAGGACACAGGUCCAAAGAUUAUUGGUGAAGGGCUUGUCAUCGAUGAAUGGAAAGAAAGAAGAGAAAGAUACCUUGCACGGCAGCAGGUCGAAGGGCUAGACUCUGUUUAAAUAAAGAAUCCUGUGCUGCUUCCCUGCAUUCUCUGGGAGUGAAGUUUUUAGUCUAUUGUCAAUGGAAGAAUUGAUUUCUACCCUUCAUCUUUCGGUUUAGUUUGAAGAAUCUUUCUGUUUAAAGAGUUUGAUCGAGACAAAUGUUUGCGCAAGAGAUGCUUGUUUUCGUAAAAGACACGAGUUUGAGCUUGUAAAAGGUACCUACAUUCCUGGCUUGAUGGCACCGAUCUGUAAAUGAUUUUGCCUCUCUAUGGCAUACAAGGCACUUAAGGGAAAAAUGAUGCCCUGCAGCCCUGUGUAUAGGAAACUCUUGUUUGGUCGAUUUUUGGGGAAUCACUACUGUUGCUCUGUUGUGGAUG